AUGGUGUACAUUCGUCAACACCAUUUGCCUAACCUGCGCAACUACAAAUAUGCUGGUGUGGAUCAUUCGUUGAUUAGUCGGUACAUCUUGAAGCCGUUCUAUAAUAAAUGUGUUAUUGGGUGUUUUCCUAUGAGCAUGGCUCCCAAUGCCAUUACCCUGACUGGAUUCAUGUUCGUGGUGAUUAAUUUCAUUACUGUCAUGUGGUACAACCCCAACCUGGAUACGGAUUGUCCACCUUGGGUCUAUGCGAGCUGCGCCAUAGGUCUGUUCUUGUACCAGACCUUUGAUGCUGUGGAUGGCAUGCAAGCGCGGAGGACGAGACAGAGUGGUCCUUUGGGAGAACUCUUUGAUCACAGUGUCGAUGCUUGCAACACUGGAUUAGGUGUUCUGAUCUUUGCGGCUGUUAUGAACCUUGGUCAGUCAUGGGCUACGAUACUGGGUCUCUUUGGAUCAACCAUGACCUUCUACGUGCAAACCUGGGACGAGUACUACACUCAGAUCCUCACCCUGGGUGUCAUCUCUGGUCCUGUGGAGGGUAUUCUUACCCUCUGCACUGUCUACGGAUUCACUGCCUACAUGGGCGGUGGCAGUUUCUGGCACCAGCCCAUGCUGGAGACAUUCGGUGUGUCGAAGCCGAACUUCAUCUCGCAGCAGGUAUAUGAGAUGCCCUUUACCAAGUGGUACUUGGUGUACGGAGCUAUCAUGCUCUUCUUCGCCACCAGCUCUAGCAUUUGGCAUGUCAUGCAGGUGCGCCGUCAGCGGGGUCUGGACCCCAUUGCGCCGCUUUGUGGCUUGUUGCCCUUGAUUGUGAUCUGGACCCUUGUCCCCGCUUAUCUCUACCUCAACCCGGCUGUCUUGGAGAACUAUACCAUUCCUUUUGGUAUGUAUGUUGGGUUGAUCAACGCUUACGCCGUGGGUCGUAUGAUUGUUGGACAUCUCGUGCAGUCGGGUUUCCCAUACCAUAACAUCUUGCUGUACCCUCUUGCUCUGGGAGUUUUGGACAGUGCCGGGCCGGUUCUCGGUCUUUGGUCCAGCCCUGUUUUUGGCGAGGGAACUGGACAGACGACAUUUGUGUUUUCUUGUCUUGGUUUGGCGGUUGGGGUUUAUGGUAGCUUUGUGUUUGACGUUAUCACUACCAUCUGUGACUACAUUGACAUCCGGUGUUUGACUAUCAAGUACCCGUAUGUCGAGGAGACAGAUAGCAAGAAUGGCACUUCCGUCAAGGCGCAAGUUGAAGGCGCGAUGAAGAAGACCAACUAG